AUGGCGGGAAGGCACAGCAAGUCUGGCUCGUCAGAGACGGACGCAAAAGCCUCAGAGGCAGCUACAGCUGAUUCGUCUCAGCUCGAGACUAGCGAGGCAGCCACCAAUCUCAAGGCAGAGGAGACAGAAGCUCCAGCUGCGAGUGCAGAGGGCUCCGCUGAACAGACAGAAGCCGCCGAGCAAGAAGACUCGACAGCCCAACCUUCCGCCGAAACCGCCCACGACGAUGCCGCCUCGCGCGAAUCGUCUGGAUCCGACGACAAGGCUGUCGCAUCGUCACCCUUCAAGAAAUCAUCCAGCAAGUCCAAGAAGGGCGGCAGGAACUCACGCGGCAAGUCCAAUGGCUCGAAGCGCAGCAGCGACGAGCUCGACUCCACCAAACCCGAGAACGCCGAUCCAUCUGGCUCCGCGGAUGCCAGCACCGACGCAGAAGCUCAGCAAGGCGGUGGCGCUGAGGCUGCUGCGGAUGCGGACAUGAACGGAGUCCAGGAGCAAGCAUCCGCGUCUUCCGCAAACGAGAAGGAGGAAGAAUCUACGAGCACCGGUUCCAACGGUCGAGACACUGCCCACGCCAAAGGCGCCCCAGCCAGCAAAGAGCUCGCUCAACUUGGCCUUGGCUCCUUUGGUGACGGUGCAGAAGACGCGCUCGGCCCACGCCGCUCUCGGCGUGGCCCAGGCGCAUCGCCCGACCCGAAGGCGCGCGUCCCCAAACCUGAACCUGAAACAGAUGCAUCUUCACUGCAAGGCAUCCCAACCGACUCAGCCGAGGCAGAUGACAUCAACGAUGCUACCGCCGUCAAUCAAGACGCUCAAGCCAGCGCAGACGCCGUCGGCGCCGCGGACGACGAUCAGAAGGCAGCUGAUGCUUCCGCCGUGCCGCAAGAAGCCAUGCAGCUGGAGGAAGGCGCCGCCGAUGCCAAGGUCGAGGCGGACAACGGAUCUGGUCUCGAAGGUCAGCCCGAAACAACACAAGAAGCAGCCGAGAUCGACGGCCACGACGUGCAGCCCGACGAAGGCGAAGCCGAUUACGGCAACGCCGACGAGGCCGACCUCGAGGGCGAGGAAGGCGGCGACGAAGGCGUCACUCGCUGUGUGUGCGGCAGUGCAGACGAGAACGUCGGGCUCAUGAUCCAGUGCGAGACGUGCAAGUGCUGGCAGCACUGCGUGUGUAUGGGCAUGCAGGUCGAGGAGGACUGCCCCGACGUCUACUUCUGCGAGCAGUGCCGACCCGAGCUGCACAUCCCCCUCUUGCGCUCGCUCGGCCUCCUGCCCAAGGCCGCCAAGAAGAGCAACGGCAAGGGCGGCGCCAAAUACUCUGCUCGCGAGCUCAAGGAGGCCAAGGACGCCAUCGCGCUGUUGGCGCAGGAGAACGCACGCAGGACGCAGGCUGCCGAAGCCGCCGCAGCCGCGGCUGCCUACAACUCUCGCGACCGCAAGGGUGGAGCCCACUCGCGAAACGACAAUUCCAAGGAGCAACCCAAGAGCCCCAAGAGACGUAGCACCAUGAACAGUCGCGAUUCGGCCUACGGCGGAUGGGAACCGAUCCCUCCCGGUCUGCUCGCCGACGGCGAAGUCUGGGAUGGCGUGGAUGACCGCAAAGGUGGCAAGAAGCGCAAGCGUGGACUUCCGGACGACCCGAACGAAAGCUCAGCAGAGACACCCGAGGCAGGUGCGGGCGGCAUCGACCCGGCAUCCGCAUCCGCGGACUCCAAGCGACGACGCAUGAGCGCCAGUGACGCUGACCACCACGGAGACGCCGACAUGGAGGAAGAUGAGGCUGCCGCCGCGGAGGUGUCGACCUCAGCAUCACGGGACAAGAGCAAGAAGAAGAAGGGCAACAACCAGUACACGGUGCGAGAAGCCUCCGUCACUGCUGAGGCCGCCUCGUCGAAGCCACGUCACCCGAACCAAUAUACCUACCGCAACAAAGACAGGAACGCGGCUCCAUCUGCCAACGGUCAAAAGGCAGGCUCGAGCUCGACCUCGAACCUCACAUCGCACUCGCCGAGCCCGAGUCCGAGCAAGGGCCGAGCGGAACACUCGCGUCGUGCCGCGGCGCGCGAGAAUGCCAGUCAACUCGGCACACCCGCUCCCGGCGAGUCGUCGGGCGCUUCGGCUCGCGGGGCGGGCUCAACGGUGCAGUGGGGUCUACCCGACCACCUCACGCACCUCGCCUACCUGCUUCCUGGCCCGGGACAUCGCAAUGGAUCCGGCAAGACGUCCGGAUUCGCUUCGGGCGAGGAAGCAGGCAACGGAGGAGGUGCGAUGGACAAGAAGGGCUCGUCGAGCGGCUCGGGCAGCUCCGUGCCUUCGCCGCCAGCGUCAGGAUCGGUGCCGACGCCGUUCCACGUUCUUUCGUCGAUCGAGUCUUCCACCAAGGUGCGCUUCCCGAGCCGUCGCAUGACGCUGGGCGAGAUGCGCAAGCGAGUGCGCAACAUUGGCGAGUAUGUGACGCGGAGCCAGAUCGAGGCGGUGGAGCGAGAGAAGCGCAUGAAGCUGCUUGGCAUCGUGCCGCCGUAUGUCGAGGAGAUGGAGGCUGAGGCCGAAAUGGAAGCCGAGGCCAUGCAGAACGGCGCCAAGAAAGCCGGGGAUACGCGCGCAGAUUCGGCUCCGGAGCAGGUUGUGGACGGCGAGGGGAGCAAGAAGACGACUGCAGCCACACUGGGCAACCAGCAACCGCUGCCACUCAGCAUGCGACUCAUGGAGGAGCUUACACGCGAGCUCAUCCAGUUUCAGCGAAGAUUCGGCGUCGGCCCGGGCAGCUACGGCAGCAUCAGCAAUGCGCAGCAAUCGGCAGGCGUUGCUUGA